CCGAGGCCAUCCUCGAAAAGGCACAAUUCCACAUUCCUGUUCUUUUAGCAGUACGUGUGAUGUGUCCAGUAGUUCUUGUACUACCACCCGGAAUCACAUUACAUUUUGAGAGGCUAUCACAUGUGGACAUUAAAACUUCCUUAAAGCCCGGUGCUUCCUUCUUGAAGAUCCUGUUUUGAGAGCCAGGACAUCAUCAGCCAAACUGAACCAAGAGGAAGGAGAGUAUUUGAGAAGGCUUCCAGCGUCUCAUGAACGAACCAACGGAACUCGAUAAUGCUGGUUCUCCAGAGCCAGCUCUGCGGCUCAGGAAAGGACACAUGUCUCACACUGCAACAACACAGGCAGCCUUUGAAGAGGACAGCUCUCAGCAGAGGCUGCUUCUAGAGGAGUCACCACUGUCUUCUGACCAGGAAAAUUGUUCUGAGGACAAUAAACACAAUGAUGAGCCACCUCAAGAAGAUGAAGGUUUUAUGGGUAUGUCACCUCUUCUGCAAGCCCACCAUGCCAUGGAGAGAAUGGAAGAAUUUGUGUGUAAGGUGUGGGAGGGCCGAUGGAGGGUCAUCCCCCACGACGUUCUGCCUGACUGGCUGAAGGACAAUGACUACCUGCUGCAUGGACACAGACCGCCCAUGCCUUCCUUCCGGGCUUGUUUCAAGAGCAUCUUCAGGAUACACACAGAGACUGGCAACAUCUGGACACAUCUCCUGGGAUGUGUGUUCUUCCUUUGUCUGGGAAUCUUCUACAUGUUCCGGCCAAACAUGUCCUUCGUAGCACCUGUGCAGGAGAAAGUGGUCGUUGGGUUGUUCUUCUUGGGAGCCAUACUCUGCCUCUCCUUCUCAUGGCUCUUCCACACCGUUUAUUGCCACUCAGAAGGUGUUUCCCGGCUCUUCUCCAAGCUGGAUUAUUCUGGCAUUGCACUCCUCAUAAUGGGCAGCUUUGUACCAUGGCUGUACUACUCCUUCUAUUGCAACCCUCAGCCUUGCUUCAUCUACUUGAUUGUGAUUUGUGUCCUGGGCAUUGCAGCCAUAAUUGUCUCACAAUGGGACAUGUUUGCCACCCCUGAAUACCGGGGUGUAAGGGCAGGAGUAUUUCUAGGUCUGGGUCUUAGUGGGGUAAUUCCCACCCUGCACUUUGUCAUCUCUGAGGGGCUCCUGAAAGCAGCCACAAUGGGGCAGAUAGGCUGGCUGGCACUCAUGGCAUGCCUGUACAUCACUGGUGCUGCACUAUAUGCUGCCCGCAUCCCGGAGAGAUUCUUCCCUGGCAAGUGUGACAUCUGGUUCCACUCCCACCAGCUCUUCCACGUGUUCGUGGUGGCCGGCGCCUUCGUGCACUUCCACGGGGUCUCCAACCUGCAGGAGUUCCGCUUCAUGGUGGGAGGGGGCUGCACGGAGGAGGAGGGCAUGCAGUAGGAGCAGCCUCCGGCCCCAGAUCGGAACCAGGAGAGAGCCGCCGGCGCGGGUGAGCAUCCAGGCUUAGCAAAAGGAAUACCUAAGAAGAAUCCAAGUUUCAGCUGAUGAGGCGUGGAGCUUCACGGGGAUUCUGACGAACCAAGAUAAAUUCUAUACCUCAAGCAAUGGAAUAAAUCAAUUUGAAGACCAGGAAAUUCUGAAAACAUAAUUUAUUCUUGGGAUCUACAGAUUGAGCUACAGAGGACCCUUUCCAAAUCGGCUUCUGUUCAAUGCCAUAUUUAUUUGUAGAAUUUGGGGAGGGAUAGCUUAGCGGUUUCCUUUUUUUUAAAAAAAGAAAAAAAAAAAAGUCAAGGUUAAAUUUAUAUCCUCUUGGAGGGUUUGGGCGUUGAUUUUAGAUGCUGUUUUGGGAGAAAAACAAAUUGUAAAUAAGAUUUCUAACUUUCUGUUUAAAUAAAAUUUAUAUAAAUGUUUUAAACAACGGGUGGGGGGAAAAGGGUUUUUGUAAAGAAUGCAACAUGCAAGUACCACACACUGUUUCAAUUUUGCACAAAAUAAACGAUUGCAGGAGGACCAGGUAGAAUUCCCAGGAGUGAAGCACGCUGGCCCUGUAGAUCUUCCCUGGGCAGCGUGGGGUCCUGGCCAGCACCUGGAGUAGGUUCAGGACACGUUCAGGAGGAUUAAUCCUGCUGCCAUCCGGGUCACAGCGUGAGCAAACGGCUGUGCUGCAGUGACUGAGAGGCUCAGUCUGCUCCCUGCCCCGCUCUGGGCGCAGCUGCAGCCCCGGCCUCUGCGGGAGCGGAUCCUCCUUGGUCGGACUGGGUCUCACCCUGGGAAGGAGCACGGUGGGAUAACCACGUGAAGUGGCAGAAGUGCAGCUCCAUCAGUGCCUGCCUGCAGCCAGAGGCUGCCAUUUGCAAACCUGCUUCCUUUGCUCCGAGGGAUGAGGGCGAGAGACUUGGCAGGAGAUCGUUGAGCAUGUGAGGGGAAACAGGGGUGGGGUUAAGGUGGACUGGAAAGAGGGAGCUGUGUGCUCCAGGAUUUGGAGUUAACAGGCACUGCAGACCUCAGGCACGUCACCAUCCUGGGUGUCGGGCUCCAUAUGCCAAGGCAGUUUGCAGCUUUUUCUUUUUAGGAGGAAUAGAUCCCUAACCAGCCCAGUGCAGUUCCUUUUUUUAUUAUUACUUUUUUGUCCUUAGGUCUGCUUUCCAUCUGUGCUUUAGCAAUGGGACUGCUGGUAUUUCUUAAGCCUAAACCUGAGAGUUCAGCUGGAUUGCUGUGGAGCAGACACACCUCCUAUAUAAGGGGAGGUAAAUAGCCUUCUUCUGUGUAAUUGAUGUAGCUUGAGCUUUGGAGCCCAGUCAGAAGCCAGACUGAAGGAGAGCCUUUGGAGUUGUAAGGUGAAACGUGAACAUUUUGUUUGUUAUGGCACAGGUAUUGCUUGGAGGCUUUAGCUGGAAACUCAGAGCAAUUACCUCUCUCACAGAUGAGUUAAACAGCUGAUACCCUGCAGUAUUUCACAGGCAAGGAAGGUAAGGGGUGGUUGGUUGUUGUGUGGGGUGGUUUUUUUUGUUGCUGGGUUUUGGUUUUUUUUAUUUAGAUUCCCUCAAGUUUCAGUUUGCAUUCUUCAAGAGGAAGAGAUGGAUUGCCAAGAUCUUCCCCUACCCUGGAUGUCACAGCGUGUUUUGGGGAGUUGCUUUGUCUCAAGGAGUUGGGUGGAAGCAGAACGCCCUCCUAAAGCUGAGUUAAGGCUUCGCCCCUGGGGUGGGGUGAAGCCUCUGAGGGCAGGGUCAGCUGCACAAGGAGCAGCAGCCUGCAGGGUUAGAGGGGUUUGUUCUCAGCAGCAUCCCAGCACUGGGCGCCUGUAGGGCUGCAAGGAGUUCAUCCCAGGUCUGAGGUGUUUAAAUGAAGGAAAGGGCAGUUUUACCCUGGCUGGGAGGGCUGGUAGCUCUGGCACCCCAGACGAGGCUGGGAGAGUGCCCGGAGGAAGCGUGCUGGUGUCUGAGCCGAGAGUGGUACAUAUCAGAAGCAGAGCUGGCUGGAAGGUGCUUUGGGAUACCUCUGAACAGUACCAGCAGAAGCUGCAGCCUCCAUCCUGGGUCAUCCCACGUUCACUCCUCCAAGGGUGAUUGUAACCUGGUCCUACACAGCACAGAACUAUUACAAAACCACAGUACUCCACCUGCUAUUCUUAACCCAGUCGGUCUCUCUGUUCGAGAAGUUUGUGUGUUCCAAUAAAAACAACCUAGCUGUGCACUUUUCUGUAGCUUUUGCUGAGAACUCUUCCCAGGUUGGCACCUGAAUGCCUUACUCUCAGCAGUCAGAGGCUUGCUUGCUCUGUGUGCAGGUUAUUGCCAUAGAAUAGUUAGGACCUACAGCUUCUUUCCUUCCCCAUUAAAUAGUGGCCUUGUUCAGUAUAUUUCUUUUUAACAAUUGCUUACUGUUGGAAGCAAUGAAGCACAUUCUGGGGUUUUGAUGGCUGGGGGACUCUGGUGAUGGUUCCAUAUAAGAUGGGAUCUUAUUACUUGCUGUAUUCUUAACUUCUGCUAAUAAAAGAACCAAAUUGA